AUGUCAACUGCGUCUACAGUAUUGGGGAAUACUCCUCCAGUAACAACUACCACAACCUCAUCAUCACCACCUUCUGAUCCCAGACAAGAGUAUCAACGACAACGGAUUCCAGAAUCUCAGAAUUCCACAAUGUUACCGGCCUACGGAAGGAGUAGUCACCAACACCCACAUCCCCAUAAUAAUAAUAACAAUAAUAAUAAUAAUAGUAAUAGUAAUAUGAGUAACAGUAGUAGCAGUAAUGAAACUAGCCUUCCACAACCACUUUACCCUGAUAAUGCUGUUGAGCUACCGGAGGAGGUUUUAUCCUACUUUGAACACUGGGCCUCACCAACAGAAGUGCUGCAACUUCGCUCCAUGUGUACAGACAUUGUGAACAAAUACAAGAAUAAGGAAAUGAGCCUACGUCAUGAGUUAGAGGAACUGAGAAAAGAACGAGAAUUGCUAUUACGUGAAGUACAAGAUACACAGAAACUUCGUCACUUGUACAAGGCAGCCACUGUGGAUUAUGAAAAGUCACAGAGAGAGCGAAAUCAAUGGGAGGAAGAACGUGAAAUGAUGCGACUAAAACUACAGAGACUGAGUGUAGAUAAUCAGCGAUUACAUCACGCCGUUGGAAGAAGUGGAGGGCGUACUUCUGCUUUACAACUAACACGUGUAAGUGUACCACCCAUUUUGAGAUCUACUAGUGCUACUCCUACUGUUAGUGCUAAUGCUGCUGUGGGUGGUGUUUUCACCAAUACAACCGUCCCAACAACGGGAUCCACAAUUGCAACACCAUCACCCACUUCUAGUUCAACGGCAAGGCAUAUACAUGAACAACGUAUGACUAAUCGAACACAUCAACCACAACAAAAGCAAGAACAUCAUCAUCAUCAUCAUCAUCCACACUCACCACAGGCGGAUUUUGAGAUUGGUAGUGGUACCAACAGUGGUGCUAAUCCUAAUCUCAUUCAUAACAUUCCUAGUAGCAAUAAUAAUAAUAAUAAUAAUAAUAAUAAUAAUAAUAAUAAUAAUAAUAAUAAUAAUGCCAGUAAUACUAGCAUGGAAGGUGGUGAGUAUUAUUAUUAUUACAACAAUAAUAACAACAACAAUAGUAACACUAGCAUCAGUGGUGCUGGUUUCACGAAUAGUAAUAAUAUUAGCGGCAGUCAAGAGCGUGAAGAGAGUCUGCGUGAACAACUACGUCUCAUUGAAGAACUCCACCGCCGUUCAAUGGAAUAUGAUGAGUUGUCCAGUCGCUUUCACUUUGCAGAGACACUGUGGGAUUUAACAGCCACUCGCAACGGGCACCGCAUGAUGCAACUCGCCGCCGCUAAUGAAACGCUGCGGGCACAACUCCGCCAAUCACGCGCCGCGGCGGAAGAGGCGACGGGUCUUCACAACACAGUGACGGCACAACUGCGGGAGUGUCGUGCAGCUGCCGAUAACGCCGUGAAUGCCCUUCAAACCGCAAACAACACCGAACAAACACGCGUGGAGGGUGAACGGCGCAACACGCAGGAAUGUAUGGCCGCACUGAAGGCCACACACGCAGAGGAGUUGGCUCACGUGCAGCGGCAAUUGAAAUCAGCUCUGGAUGAUUUGGACCACACACGUGAGAGUCUAUUGGCAGCACAGCAGAAACAACAUGAACAGGCAGAGACACAACGUCAACAACUGUUGGCAGAUGUAAGGGCAUUAGAAGAGAAGUGUGCGGAUGCUCUGAAGGCACAACAAACAGCCCAAUCUGCACUCGCAGAGGCGAUUGCGUCUUUUAGACAAAAAGAACAGCAACAUGAGCGGGAGAUACAACAAUUGCAAUUAACACAACAGAAGUGUGAAAAGGAAAAGGAGGAGGAAAGUACAAAAUUGCGGUCUGUGCGGGAGGAACAUGCGAAACUCACGGAGCGACUACAAACAGCAGAGACGGAGUUACACACACUACGCCAUCGUCUUGGCACAACAUUAGAGCAAUUACAACAACAACAAGAAAUGGAAGAGGAACUCGCCCUCACACGUGUUCGUGCAGAGGAGGCGGAGUUGGAAGUGCAAACACAGGAAUCAUACUAUACAGAGCAGAUGCGUAUUCAACAAACAGCACUUGCAGAACUGCAAAAACAACGAGAUGAGGAAGUACUGCAGUUUGAACACACCAUAGAGAGACUGCAGCGGCGGUGUGCGGCUGGUAAAAUACGUCUCGCGGCCGCCGUGAAGGGCAUCACACAAAGUGAUGCGGAAACCACAAGAAGAAGAAAGAAGAGCACGAAAACAACACACACAGCCACAUCAGCAGAGGAGGGGGAACAUGGUUCACCAGGUGAAGAAGAACGAGAAGAAAAGAAGAAAGAAAAGAAAAUGGCGCAGGGGAGGGAGUGUGAUAGAAGUAGAGGGGCGGAUGCGGUGGCGUUACUGCAGCAGUCGGCAGAUCUCGCGGCUACAUUGGCUCGCACUAUACACCGAGAAACCUUUGCAACAUAG